AUGUUCGCCGAUGAUUUAUGGCACAUCAACAACCUCCGGAACGAUGCCAUCCAUGUGCAAGAAACGCACGUCAGUGGAAUCCAGAAACUGACCGCAUAUGCGGCACAGCUGCGAUACAUCGGUGGAAAAUUCCCUAUAGAUAUUGGUGUGGACUUUCCCUGGUACCCUGCCUUGGGCUAUGACAAAGACAAGCCCAUACUGCAGAAUAACGUCAGAUUUGAGUUGGCCAAUAUCCUGUUCAAUCUUGGGGCAUUAUAUUCCCAGCUUGCAUUUGGCACCAAUAGGACGACGGUAGAUGGGCUCAAGACUGCGGCUGAACAUGGUGCUGCGGCAGCAGGUAUAUUUGCAUUCAUGCGGACGGAAGUACUCCCGGAUAUGCGCUCUUCUCCACCGGAAGAUAUGGACGAUAUCACACUCCAGAGUCUACAACAGUUGUGCCUAGCACAGGCCCAGGAAUGCUUUUGGCAAAUGAUCAUCAAGAAAGGCAUGUCAGACGGUACUGUUGCAAGGCUUGCUGCGAGUGCUUCGGAUUUCUACAUAUCUGCGGCGGACGCUGCACGCCAGUCUCGUACAAUCAGUACCGAAUGGAUUCAUCACUUCCAAGCCAAGCAUCACCAUUUCGCUGCUGCUGCUCAAUUCCGACAAUCUAGGUUUUGUCUAACCAACAAGCAGUAUGGUGAGGAGAUUGCGCGAUUGAAGGAUAGUCUCAUUUGUGUGAACGAAGGUCUUCAGGAGGCUCGCUGGAUAAACGCCACAGUCCUCGGAGAUCUGAAGGGACUGAAAUCCAGAAUUACCGAAGAGCUUAAGAGAGCAGAGAAGGACAACGACAUGAUAUACUUACAAGCGCUACCGCCCAAAGCGGAACUCAAAAUUCUGGAACGUACCAAUAUGGUCAAGGCGAGAACGCCAGCGAAUGUAGUCGACGGGUUGUCCCUACUUGGGGAUGGCCAACCAUUCGGGAAACCACUCUUUGAGAAACUCGUUCCCUAUGCAGUUCAUCAGGCAGCCUCGAUCUAUGCCGAUAGAAGAGACCGCCUUGUCAAUCAAUCAAUCAUUGUGGACCUUGAUACCAUGACGGCCAAACUUCGGGAGAUACUUCAGUCACUUGAUCUGCCUGGCUCACUACAAGCAUUAGAGAAGCCACUAGGUCUCCCACCUAGUCUAGUGUCGAAAGCAGAAGAGCUUCGUCAACAAGAUGCCCUUUAUCGUUUGAAAAGAGCUUUAGAGGACACUACCAAAGUCCGCACCAAUGAUCUCGCCAUCUAUCAAGAGGGUGUUUCAUUACUCGAUGCCGAACGAGCUGAAGAUGAACGGGCACGAGGGAAGUAUGGGACUGAUCGAUGGGCUAGGCCAGCUUCAACAACCUCCCUUGCUAAGCUAUACCAAACCUCUAAAGAUCUGCAAACAUACCUCAAUUCAGCCGGAUCUAGUGAUAGUCUUGUUCAAAGCAAGAUGCGAGAGAAUGAACAUAUUCUUCGCGUCCUAACCGGAACCAACCGAGAUCUGGAGCGUUUUGUCCCAUCCUCGAGUCAGGUUGCCAUGACACCAGCAAUAGAACAAGCUGCUUCCCAGUUGCGGACUUGCCUUAACGGAGUGUCUCGAAUGGAAACAAAGCGCAAGAACAGGAUUACAGCACUCCGGGAGAAAGCAAAAUCUGACGAUAUCGGCCCGGCAUUACUCACUGAAGCUGCACGUCUGGAGCGGGAAUAUCCAAUGCAAAAGAUCGAACCGGGUCAGUUUGAAAACUUGUUUGAGAAGAGGUUGGAAGCGUAUGAGACAGAUCGCGAAGCGUUGAUUACGGAGCAAGAAGACCAAGACCAAAUCAUUGCUAGGCUAAGGGAGGCAAAUAAGGGAUUCUUGGAUGCUCGCCAAGGGGACACCAGUACGAAAGAUCGACAAAAGGCGCUGCAAGCAUUGGAGAAUGGAUAUUCGAAAUACAAGGAAUUAGUCAAUAAUUUGGAGACGGGAAGGAAGUUCUAUAACGACUUGGCCGGUCAUGUUACGCGGUUUCGAGAGAGCUGCAAGACUCAAGUCUCCGAAAGAAGAGUCGAAGCAAGUCAAAUGGAAUCAGAUCUUGCAGGUCAGGACAUGGGCAGGUUGAAUCUUCAAGAGACGCGGCGAGAACUCCGGAGCCAGCAGCGUGAAAGCGUGCCCUCUCAAAGCGCCGGCCGCCAUGCUCCUGAGCAGAACCAAGAAGCCAUCACCGCACCGGUUCCAACGAGGAAUCCGACCGGCGUGCCUGCCGGAGUUAUGCCGUCGAAUGCCCCCGUUCCUCUUGGAGUCGCUGGUGGGACUGUGGCAGCUGGUGGAGUUUGGUCCCCAGAUAUGGGUAUACGGUUUGGUGGCCCCCCUAGUCAAGCACAUGGACAGGCAGGGUACCCUGCUCCGAGGCGAGCUUGA